AUGAUGGCCAGCUACCAGGACCCCGAGGAGGACCCCGUAGCCCUGAUGGCUCAUGACACCAACGCCAGCAAGGAGGCCGAGCGAGCCAAGGACGAGCUGAGUCCGGAGAAGGGGGCCGAGAAGCCGGACCCCUCUCAGAAGCCCCCCUACUCCUACGUAGCUCUGAUCGCCAUGGCCAUCCGGGAGAGCGCCGAGAAGCGGCUCACGCUGUCCGGCAUCUACCAGUACAUCAUCAGCAAGUUCCCCUUCUACGAGAAGAACAAGAAGGGCUGGCAGAACAGCAUCCGCCACAACCUGAGCCUCAACGAGUGCUUCAUCAAGGUGCCCCGCGAGGGGGGCGGCGAGCGCAAGGGCAACUACUGGACGCUGGACCCGGCCUGCGAGGACAUGUUCGAGAAGGGCAACUACCGACGGCGGCGGAGGAUGAAGAGGCCCUUCAGGCCGCCCCCGACCCACUUCCAGCCGGGCAAGACCCUCUUCAGCAGCGACAGCUACGGCUACCUCUCCCCGCCCAAGUACCUGCAGUCCGGCUUCAUGAACAACUCGUGGCCACUGGCCCAGCCGCCCGCGCCGAUGUCCUACGCCUCCUGCCAGCUGGCCGGCGGCAACGUCAGCCCCGUCAACGUGAAAGGACUGUCGGCCCCGGCCUCCUACGGCCCCUACUCCCGGGUGCAGGGCAUGGCCCUGCCCGGCAUGGUGAACUCCUACAACGGCAUGAGCCACCAUCACCACCACCCGCAGCAGCUCAGCCCCGCCAGCCCCGCGCCGCCUGCCGCCCCGGCCCCCAACGGAGCCGGCCUGCAGUUCGCCUGCGCCCGCCAGCCCGCCGAGCUCUCCAUGAUGCACUGUUCCUAUUGGGACCACGACAGCAAACACAGCGCCUUGCACUCCCGGAUAGACAUCUAG